AUGUCCACAAUGCUGCCGUCCUCCAGAUCGAGAUCUGGGCCGAACGAGUCCCCCAUCAGCAGGGGCAGGCCGAGCACGCCGUCUUCCAACCACCACCGCCCGUCCACGCCGUCCUCCAACCACCGCCCCUCCACCCCGGGCGGCACCAGGAGGAGCAGCGUCGGCACGCCGUCCACGCCGCGCGGCUCCCGCACCAACGGCGCAGGGGGCCCCUUCAAGUCCGAGCCCAACUCGCCGCCGUCGGCCGCCGCGCAGAAGCCCCGCCUCUCGUUCGACCGCUCACCGAGAUCCGGGGACACCAAGCCCGUCGUCGAGCGCCGGGUGCCCAAGAUCGGCACCACUCUAGAAAAGCAGCUCCAGAGGGAAGCCGAACUGCAGGCGCGGCUCGAGUCCGCCCAGGAGGACCUGAAGAAGGCCAAGGACCAACUGGCAUUCAUCCUCGGAGAGAGGGACCGUCUCGUCGGGGAGCUCAACGAGGCCAAGAGAGUCGCUGAUGAGACUCACGAGAAGCUCCAGGAUGCCCUCAUGGCCAAGCGGUGGGCCGAGGAGGCCACCGAGAUCGAGAAGUUCCGGGCGGAUGAGCUCGAGCAGGCAGGCAUCGACGAGGCGCAGAGGCGGGAGGAGGAGUGGCAGAGGGAGAUUGAGUGCGUGCGUGGCCAGCACGCCGCCGACUUGGAGACGUUGGUCAACACGACGGAGGAGCUGGAGAGGCUCAGGCGUGAUCUUUCCAUGGUGAACGAGGCCAAGAAGGCUGCUCUUGGCCACGCAGAUGAUGCAAUGAAGAUCGCUGAGGUCAAUGCGGAGAAGGUGGAGAUCCUCUCAAAUGAAGUUGUUCGCUUGAAAGGGUUGCUUGAUUCGAGUGCUGCCAGCGAAGAGAGUAAAAGCCGUGAAGCUGAGCUUCUUGUUAAGAAUCUGGAGUCUGAGAUUUCAUCUCUCAAAGGCAAACUUGAGGAGGCAAAAGUCCUUGAAGAGAGGUUGGCCGAAGCAGAAAAAAUGAUUGAGGAGCUUAAAUCAGAGAUAGCUGAUGUGCAGAAGGUCGAGGCAGACAUCCAUCAGCAGUUAGAAGAAUGGAAGGAGAAGUCAGUAUCACUUGAGAUGAAAUUGGAGGAAGUUACUCUAUCCGAGAAGUUCAAAAGUGACUCACUUGCCUCCACGACUGAAGAGCUGGACAAGACCCAGUUGAUACUGCAAGAUAGAGAAUCGGAAAUUGAAGUUCUUAAAGGAAAGACAACUGCCUUGGAAAUUGAGGUGGCUAGGCUUUUAGCGGAUGUAAAUGAUUCAAAUGAGCAUCUGGAUGCAUCGCAGCAAGAGGUGUUUGGGCUGCAGACUACAAUAGAUGUUCUGAGGAACAAGCUUGAUGCUGCAGAACUAGCUGCCUCAGAGGCAUUGGACAAUGAGAGGACUGCUAUCACAAAGAUUGAAGGCCUGACUGAGGAGAAAACCAAGCUCAUUAGUGAGCUGGAUGAUGCUAGAGACAAAGAGGAGAGAGAGAAAAGGGCAGUUGAGGAUCUUACUGCUGCAUUGGAUAAGGCAUCUUGCGAGGCACAGGAAGCACAUGAUAGGUUUCAGAAGAAAGAAGAUGAUUAUGAACAUGCUCUUGCACAGAUAGGUGAUCUGAAGAUGGCCCUGAAGAGUAUGGAAGAGAGUUAUGAGGUAAUGCUUGAUGAGGCAAAACAUGACAUAACUUGCCUAAGGGAAACUGUGGAGAAGCUGGAGGCUGAGGUGAGCAAGUACAGAGAAGAAUGUGAAUCUAAGGAGCUUGACCUUAUCACGGCUAGCAAACAGUCUGAACAAGAAAUUGCUGCUCUUAAAGAAGAAGCCGAGCAUAUAUGUGCAUCACUGCGAGGUGCAGAGCAGGAGCUUGAAGCAGUCAAUGAAGAGAAAGAGAGGCUUCAGGAGAAACUGGCGUGCACAGAAUCAGCAGUUGCUGAUGCCAAGGAUGCAGUGCAGGAGGCAAAGGCCGAGAAGGAGAGGCUUCAAGAGAAACUUGCACACACCGAAUCAGAGGUUGCUGAGGCCAACAUUGCUGCACAGGAGUCUAAGAUUGAGAUCGAGAGGCUUCGAGAGAAACUGACAUACACGGAGUCGGCGGUUGCUGAAGCCAACAAGGUUGUGCAGGAGGCAAAGGCUGAGAGUUCGCAACUGAAGGAGCGAUUACUUGACAAAGAGAAUGCAUUGCAGAGCAUAACCCAGGAGAAUGAUGAAUUCAGGAUGCGAGAAGCUGACGCAGUGAGGAAAAUAGAGGAGCUGUCUGCUCUGCUUGCUGAAGCCAUGACAAAGAAGCAUCCUGAGGAGGAAGAGAAGCUGGUGGUUGUUGAUGAGGCCCACAAUUCUGUGCGUGAAGAAGUUAUCCGUUCUGUUGCAGAAAAUGAAGAUACAGAAGAAACUGAUGAUAAAAAACCAAGGCUUGAAGUUGACGCAGCCGAUAUGAACUCCAACGGAGAAUCGAAGCAUGAAGAGAAAGAUGACAGCAAGGUGGAACAAGAGGAGCUGAAAACUGAGCUCAGCUUACAAGAGGGCGACAAAGUUAGCUUCGAGAAGGAAGCACAGACCGAAAACAAAAGACAAGAAACUGAAUCGUCCAAUGAUGAGUUAGACUCGAAGAAGGACAGCAGCACCGAGAGUGCAAACGGGAUGACCGUACCAGAGGAUACGGCGACGACUAAAGUGGCAAUGUCUACUACGAAACCACAGCAUCCGAAAAAGAAUAAGCCUCUGCUGAAGAAGUUUGGGAGCUUACUGAAAAAGAAAAACAGCAAGUAG